AUGUUCUGGGAGACAUCAGAAAAGGCUGAGCGUCUAUCCGAUCGGAGAGCACUGCUAGCGGUUACUGCUGUUUUACCGGCUCCUCUUCUUGUUGGCCUCUGUUGCGGUUUUACCGCUCCUGUCAUCGACACAAUGCAGAAUACUGUUGCCACUCCAGAUGGGGAACAUAUCGAAAUUGGCGUUAACUCAGAUCUCUUCGUCUUUGAUUCGACGAUGGUCGCGAGUUUCUUCAGCGCUGCCCUCACUCUGGGUGCUCUUAUCGGUACUCUCUCAGGAGGUCCCAUUGCUGAACGUACAGGUCGACGAGUCGCCCUCCUAAUCGCUGGCCCUCUCAAUGUCGCGGCUUUCCUUAUUAUUGCUCUCUGUAAGAAUAUUCCAGCUCUCAUCAUAGCACGGCUAAUAGCCGGGUUUUCUAUGGGUAUAUGCUCCUUCAUAUGUUCUGUAUAUAUCAGUGAGNNNNAGAAUAUCCUCUUUGUGGAUGUAUCUGAGCCCAGUAACGUGAAAGUUAUCGACUUCGGCUUGGCAGAACUAUUCGGCGUGAACGUUGAGAAAAGCAUGAAUGUCGCAGGGACUGCCUUCUACAUGGCACCUGAGAUCUUCCGUCCACCCUUCGACUACAAAUGUGAUAUCUGGAGCCUCGGUGUGAUACUCUACCUCCUUCUUACCGGUUACCUGCCCUUCUUCGGCACAAGUGUCAGCGAUGUGAAGUCGAAUGUUUUGUAUAAGAGGGUUCAAUGGCCUGACACUGUUUGCAAUUCGUCGAGGAGGUUGAGAGUAUCCAAGGCAGCGCGGGAUUUGGUUGAAAAGAUGCUCGUUAAGGAUCCGUUACAGAGAGAGAGCGCCGCUGAUCUGCUCAAACAUCGUUGGUUGAGGAAGUUCUCUUCAGAGAAUUGUUGGAUGAAUGUUAGGUCAUUGUUCACCGAUCUGGAUUCGGAGGCUCGGGGCUGCCUGCCGGUGUCGAGAGUGGCUGAGGCAUUACGGCAAUCUCAGGUUAAAAUGAGCGCCUCUGAUGCAUGGAGAGUAGCUUCUGCCAUGGAUCGAACCGGGGAUGGGUACAUCGGUUACACGGAGUUUGUUGGGGCGUGCAUCAUUCGUGAGUACUAA